GUUUCUUAAAAUAGUCAUUCGUUUUUUUCGCAAACUUCCAUGUGGAAGCAAAUUCGCAACCGGCCAACAACGCUCGUAGACAAUUUAUUAAAAAACGUUACAAAUUAAUUUAUAUCUAUCUAAAUUAAAAAAUUAUAUAUUUAUUAAAAUAAUUUGUGCUCUCUUCAACACGACGGCAACAAAAAUCUAUUGAAAAUUGCACAAAUUAAUGUAAAAUACAACCAAAGUGACAGUGUAUAUAAUAUAAAAUCAAGAAAAAACGAGUCUACAACAGCGAACAAUAGAAAAGAAAUAUUAAAAAAGAAUACAACAACAAUAUAAAGAAAAAAAGCUAAGAGGCAGACAGUGGCGUAAAGAAAAAAGAAGAAGGUACGAAAGUAGAAGUAAAAAAAAUCAAUCAUCAUUGACGAACAAACGAAUCAUUCGCAAGUAGCAGCAGCAAACAACGCCAGGUUUUAAAUUUGUGUGUUUGUGCAAAAAUUAACUAAUAUUAAUAAAUUAUCAAUUUAAUAAAGAACAAAUAAACGUUUUUACAUCGGUAAAUUGCGAAACUAAUAAUGAAUUCACAAAUAACCCUGCAGUUAAUACAGAUCUUGGAAAAGACUGUCUCGCCUGACAAAAAUGAACUGUUGUCGGCGAAAAACUUUUUGGAACAAGCCGCUGAAAAUAAUUUACCCGAGUUUCUGAAAGCUCUCUCAGAUAUACUGGUCACCGUUAGCAAUAGCCCUGUGGCUCGUAUGGCAGCUGGUCUGCAAUUGAAAAAUCAUUUGACCAGUAAAGAUGAGACCAUCAAUUUGCAAUACCAACAAAGAUGGCAUCAAUUUCCAGAAGACACAAAGGAGUACAUUAAGAAGAAUAUUCUCGGAGCUUUGGGUACAGAGAAUACUCGACCCUCUUGUGCUGCUCAGUGUGUUGCCUAUGUGGCCAUCACAGAAUUACCCAUCAAUCGUUGGGGUAUCUUAAUACAAACCCUUGUCAAUAAAGUGGUCACUGAGGGUUCCAGCGAAAUGGAUCGUGAGGCUGCCUUGGAAGCUAUCGGUUAUAUAUGUCAAGAAAUACGUUAUGGUGUUUUGGAAAACCAGUCGAAUCAAAUUUUAACCGCUAUUGUCCAUGGUAUGCGCAAACAGGAGCCCAGUAAUCAUGUACGUUUAGCAGCCACCACAGCAUUAUUGAAUUCUUUGGAAUUUACCAAAGCCAAUUUCGAGAAGGAUGUAGAACGUAACUAUAUUAUGGAGGUGGUAUGCGAGGCUACCCAAUCGCCCGAUACCCAAGUUUGUGUAGCCGCCUUACAGUGUUUGGUCAAAAUAAUGACCCUAUAUUAUCAAUAUAUGGAACCAUAUAUGGCACAAGCCCUGUUUCCCAUUACAUUGGAGGCCAUGAAGUCAGACAAUGAUUUGAUUGCAUUGCAAGGUGUUGAAUUCUGGUCGAACGUUAGCGAUGAAGAAAUCGAUUUGGCCAUUGAGAAUCAAGAAGCAAAUGAUGCUGGUCGUGCUCCCACACGUGUUUCGAAACACUAUGCUCGUGGUGCUCUCCAGUUUUUGGUGCCCGUAUUGGUGGAAAAACUAACUAAACAAGAUGAAAAUGAUGAUGAAGAUAUCUGGAGUCCAUCGAAAGCAGCAUCGGUUUGCCUUAUGUUGCUGGCCACUUGUUGUGAAGAUGAAAUCGUACCUCAUGUAUUCCCCUUCAUCAAGGAUAAUAUUGUUUCACCAAAUUGGCGUUUCCGUGAUGCCGCUGUCAUGGCUUUCGGUUCAAUUUUAAGUGGUAUAGAAAAUAAUACUCUUAAAUCGUUGGUGGAACAAGCCAUGCCCACAUUGAUACGCUUAAUGUACGAUCAGAGCGUUAUUGUAAGAGAUACUACUGCUUGGACUUUUGGUCGUAUUUGUGAUAUAAUUCCUGAAGCUGCUAUUAACAAAACCUAUUUGCAACCUCUAUUGGAAUGUUUCAUACAAAGUCUUAAAGCCGAGCCCCGUGUAGCUGCCAAUGUUUGUUGGGCCUUUAUUGGCUUAUCUGAUGCUGCUUAUGAGGCUGCUGAAGUCACUGACGGCGAAACACCUGAAACCUAUUGUCUUUCGCCCUACUUUGAAUACAUCAUUACACAAUUGUUGGAGACAACGGACCGUCAAGAUGCCAAUCAAGGCAAUUUACGUGCCGCUGCUUAUGAAGCUCUUAUGGAUAUGAUUAAAAACUCACCCUUGGAUUGUUAUUUGAUUGUACAGAGAACAACUAUUGUCAUUUUAGAACGUCUCAAUCAAGUCUUGCAAAUGGAAUCCCACAUUGCCAGUCAUAAUGAUCGUCACCAAUUCAAUGAUUUGCAAUCAUUGUUGUGCGCCACCUUGCAGAGUGUAUUGCGCAAGGUACGCGAAGAUGAUGCUCCUCAAAUAUCCGAUGCUAUUAUGAAUGCUUUGCUUACCAUGUUCAAUUCAUGUUCGGGUAAAUCGGGUGGUGUACAAGAAGAUGCAUUUUUGGCCGUAUCUACUUUGGUCGAGUUGUUGGGCUUGAAAUUCGUUAAAUAUAUGGAUGCUUUUAAGCCUUUCCUGUAUAUGGGUUUGAAAAAUCAUCAAGAAUAUCAAGUCUGUUGUGCUGCUGUUGGUCUUACAGGCGAUAUUUCGCGUGCUCUGAAACAACUUAUUAUACCCUAUUGUGAUGAAAUCAUGUCUCUAUUGUUGGCCAAUUUGUCGGAGCCCACUUUACAUCGUAGUGUUAAGCCAGCAAUCUUAUCAGCUUUUGGCGAUUUGGCACUCAGUAUUGGUGGUGAAUUUGUAAAAUAUUUAAAUGUUGUUUUGGAAUUAUUAAGAGCUGCUUCACAGUUGGAGGUUGAUCCCAACAGUUAUGAUAUGGUUGAGUACCUCAACGAAUUGCGUGAAAGUGUUUUAGAAGCCUACACUGGCAUUAUACAGGGUCUCAAGGGUGUAGAACAAACACCAAAUCAAGAUGUUUAUCAUUUGGAACCACACCUUGGCCAUAUCAUUCUAUUUAUUAAACGUAUCGCCGUUGAGGGUGAUAACUCCGAUUCAAUGGUCGCCAGUGCUGCUGGUUUCAUUGGUGAUUUGUGCACAGCCUUUGGUCCACGUCUCCUAACAUUCGUUGAUGAUGUUACCAUUACACAAUUCCUUGCCGAAGGCAAACGUUCAAAAGCCUCCCGGACAAAAUCUCUCUGCAACUGGGCUACUAAGGAAAUUAAAAAAUUGCGUGAUCAUCAAACAAUAGCUCAGUAAAUCAACGUAUUCUACAUUUUUAAUUUCUAUAUAUAGGGAGCGCUUUUGAAUUUCCAUCAAUUUUCAUACUGUUUUUUUCAAUUGUGUCUAAACUAUAAAAUGGUGUUUACAGGAGUUUUAAAUUUUAUUCAAUUCUUCUUUUAAUUAUGUCUCAACUAUAAGUGGUUCAAACUGUAAAUUGCUUCAAUAUUUGUUUUAAUUAAGGUAAAAAAACUCCAGCUUCUACCAAAAUUUGUUUUUUUUUUUUAAGAAAAGGUGCAUUCAUUGUUUUCUUUUUUCUAAUUUUUUUCCUAUAAAUUUCUGUAUAAAAAUAUGGUUUAAAAAUGUCCACCAACUUAAAAAUAUGAUAUAAAAUUGUCCACCAACUUUAAAAAAAAAUAGAAAUUUUUAAUGUAAAAAAGCACCUUUUUUAUUUUCUAAUUUAAAUACGAUUUUUUGUUAAUUUUUUCUUUUAUACAUUAGUUUCAUUCUAUUGACAUUUUUUAUGCUAUUAAUGUUUACUAAAAACAAAAGGUAUUUUUCUUUAUAGUUCCGUUAUAACCUUUCAUUUUACAAUACAUAUUUAUUAAUUUUCUACCAAAAGAAACAAAAAUUAAAUUCUUUUCAUAUUGAAUAAUAUACUAUUUUUUCUUUUCUAUAUUUUGAAUUUAAAGCAAUUAAAGAAAAUGUCAAUGAUUAUUACUAUUUAAUUAUCAUUGCCUGUCUGUCCACCCAUCUUCAUUAUACAUUUACACCACAAUAAUCUAUAAUUAUUAAUUUAAUUACAAAAAAAUAAAUUAAUAAUUUUUCAUUAAAUUAUUUGAUAAACAAACUAUUUUAUUUUAGACUUCAUUAAAAAAAAUUGUUGCUCGCCCCUAUAUUAACAAAAAAAAACUAGAUUCUAAGUUUCUUAUUUUAGUUUAAUAUCAAAUCAUUUUAUUUUUUAAUAGAAAGAGUGAAUGCUGCAAGCAAAUUGGUUAAACAACAAUUUUCUUAUUGAAAUCUAAAAACCAUUUUCUAAAAUUUAUUAACCAGUUGAACACUCUUUUAAUUUAAAACAAAAAAUAAAACAUUUUUAUUUCACUUUGUGUGAAUGUUUUUUUUAAAAAUUAAAUGAAUUGCAUUGAAUAAAUAAAUCCUGUAUGCCUCUUUGUGAGUGGUAUGUACGUGUGUGUUUGUAUGAAAGGAGCUGUGAAUCCUAAUAGUUUUAAGUGUGAUUUUGUGCUAUAUAAUAGUGUGUUUUGUGUGAAUGCGAUUGUGUGUGUGUGUGUGAAAGUAUUUUAUGCAAAUUGAAAUUCUUUCUGAAGGCCUUACAAUGUUACAGUUUGUUUUUAAUUAACACAAAAAGUGGUCAAAAUUUAGGUUUGAAAUUUUUUUCUAUAAUUUUAGUUGAAUUUACAAAAUUUGUUUGUUCAAAAUUCAAAAAUGUGAAAAAUUGUCUUCAAAAGUAUAUUUUUACGAUAAUUACGAUAAUUUUAAGAUUACGUCAACAGCUUUCGAACAUAAGUUCGAAUUUUCGAAUUUAAGCAGAAAAUUUUUUCGAACAUAAGUUAGAAUUUUCCAAAAUUUGGUAAAAAUUUAAAAUAAUAUUUUUUUCGAUUUUUCGAACAUACAUAAGUUCGAACUUUCGAAUUUAAGCACACAUUUUUUCGAACAUAAGUUCGAAUUCUCUAAAAUUUUGUAAAAAAAAAUUUAAAUUAUAUUUUUAAAAAUUCGAAAAGUUUUCGAAAAGCUCGUAAAAACAUAUUUUUUGUUCUUUAAACAUUUCCUAAAACUAGUUCUGCGGUAGUAAUCACUUCAAACCCAAAUCGUUAAUGAAAGAACUGGUUUCAGAAUCUUUUUAUGAAAUAAAUGAAACAAAAAUUAUUCGUCUCUACGCCAAACUUUGCUUUCUAAUUCUUAACUGUUACUAGUUCCGGAUCAUUCUGUUUACACAAACAGCUUUUACAGCAACAACUCCAAAUGCUUCAAGUUCAAAAAUCAUUGACGAAAGAACUCGGUCCAGAAUCAAUCUGUUAACACUUUUACUGCAACAGUCCCGAAGUAACCAAACUAGAACGAGUACGGGCUAGUUGUUCUUUAACGAUUGCAUAUUUGUUUUCAAAUGAAUACCUAGAACAUGACAAAUUUGAAUCGAUGAAAGAACUGGUUCCUAUAAUGCUCUUGGAAUGACUGCGGAAUACUUCCCCAGCACAACAAUUCCAAAUUAUAGCAUUUUCUUAAACAGAAUCAUUAAAGAUUUCACACUAUUCGGUCCACAAAAAAAGGUUCGAAAUCCUGUUAUAAAUGUAAACAAAAUCUAAAUUGAAACCAACUUUAACUUUCCAAUUCAAGUAAAAGCAAUUUAAAAAUUUUGGAAAUAAAUUGAAGAAUUAUUUAAACCUUUUCAUACCGCAUUUUUUAGAUCCAUAAGAAAAAGUUAUUGGUACACAAAUAUGGACCACUCUAGAAAAAUUAAUAAAAACAAACUUGUAACUAAAUUGGUAAAAAACAAAUUUAUUUAAACCAAAACUAAUAGAAAAAAACUUCCUUGAAUAAUAAAAUUUAUAAAAACAAAAAAUAAUCGUGUGUCUUGUCCAAAACUAAGUCUUAUUGUCCGCCGCCUUAAAUACUAUUUUUAUUUUUUGUGUGUGUACGAUUUUAUUAAUAAUGAUUUUUAUAUGAUUUCUAUUGAUUUCUGAUUGAAGACUUAUUAUGCGCGCGUGCGUGCUUGUGUGAUAUUAAUUGUAAGUUUAGAAUAUAAGUUUAGGUAUAGUUAAAACUAAAAAAAAAAACUAGCUCAAAAUAUAACUUAAACAAAAACAACAACAAUAAAGGAUUUUAAACGGAUUUGAAAUUCGCCAAAUGAAUUAAUAUACUCUAGUGAAACUGAAAUUAUUAAAUUAUAAAUGAAAUUAAACAAAUUUAAAAAAAAAAAAAAAACACGACUUAACGUAACGAAACUAAACAAGAAAUGAAAAAA